AUGUCCCUUCCCUUGUUACGAGAGUUAUUGGGAUUGGAUACUUGGCCGGAGUUGUAUGCUCGAACUUGUUCAUCUAUGUUCAAUGUUGAGGCGAGAGCGUCAAUCUUGAAUCGAACAAUUAAUUGCCCGACUUUGCGUCUAGAACUAGAAUUAAUUAUCCCCUACUCCCUAGCUUCUCCAUCGUUAUCUAAUUCUUAUUUUAGGUUGAUUCAUAUUCCAAACCGCCUUCCUCGAGAGAUCGACCCGAGGUCGGGAGUCAUCCCAGGGAUAAGACAAGAGGACCCAUUGUCCCCUUAUCUUUUCCUUAUUAUUUCUGAGUUACUUUCUGCUUUAAUCAAAUCUGAGACAGAAAAGGGCUAUUUUCAUGGCAUUAGACUGGCAAAGGAAGGACCUCUGUUAACCCCUCUUAUGUUUGUCGAUGAUACAUUGUUGUUUUGUGAAGCUGAGGAAAGGCAGGAGAGAGUGUGUUCUAUGUUGCAUGGCAUUCAGACUCAUUCAUCCACCAGAUAUCUAGGACUACCUAUGGGGUUAGACAGGUCCAAAAAGAAGGCUUUUGAGUACAUUUUGACUGUGGUGAAGAAGAGAGUUCUUAACUGGAAGAAUAAGUGGCUAUCUACAGCUGGGAAGAAAACUCUUAUUAAAGCUGUUAUUAUUGCUCUACCAGUUUAUGCAAUGUCUUGUUUUGUCUUGCCAGUGGGUCUUUGCAAGAAGAUUUCAAGUGCGUGUUGUCAGUUCUGGUGGAGUAAAAGUGCUGAGCAAAAAAGAGGCUUUCCAUGGGUGGCUUGGGACAAGCUGACUCUCUCAAAAAAGCAUGAAGGGUUAGGAUUUCAGGAUGUCCAACUCUUUAACACAACCCGUAUUGCAAAACAGAUUUGGAAACUUGUCUCUGAUCCUGAUUCUUUGGCCAGCAGAGUUCUUAAGACUAAGUGUUUCUCAACUCCACCAUUUUUUAAGCCCAGAAGAAAUCCAACUCCUCCUAGUUGUAGAAUAACUGGAUUUUUGUUUUACAAAAGUGUGGGAAACGGCUGCCGAUUGAGAUUAGGAUUGGCAAGAGGACAAGGAUCUGGGAUGAACAUUGGAUUCCCAACAGAAUGGGCUUACCUGUGGAACUACUACCUGGAGUUGACAGAGGCAUUAACUGGGAAGAUAGGUGGAAGUGGAACCUUCACAAAAAAAGCUAUAUUCACUGUCCAUUCUACAUACUCAAAGCUUAUUUUUGACAGAUUCUUGUGGUUUGAUCAACCUCAAGGAAGUUCUGACUUUGCUAGAGAUGUUAAGCAAAACAAAGAUGGGAAAUUGCACCAGUCAAUUGGGAUGGCCAUCAUCAGCAAGGCUCCUUUAAACAGUGGUGGUGGGAUGUGUGCCAAUUGGAUAAGUCAUGCAUUUCUGAAGCCCGAAUACAACUCUCAACGUAUAUCUUAUGGUGACUUUGAAAAUCUCGCAACCUUUGGUUGUUCGAAAGAGUUAGGAGGCCUGCCCGAUCUAUUGUCCAAGCAGCUAUUCGAGAUUGGCAAGGCUUUUUGGCGAGUAGAGUGGCUCAGGCCUGUUCUUAUUCCCUUAUAG